AUGGAAGCGGCAGGUGUUGAUGCGAGUAGAAGAUGCCUUGUUGUCCGUGGCAUCUCCUAUUACGCAGAUUCUCACAAAAAUGAUUUGUGGAGAGCGCAUGCAGCUGGUAAUGCGGCUGCGUUCACUAGGGAGCUGUUUUGCAGAAUUCAGCCGGCCACAGUCAAAGACAUGGAAGUGAAGCCUGAAGCUUCAGAAGGCUGCUGUCGAUAUGCUAUAUACGGCCUAGGUGGUUGCGGAAAAACAGCUCUCGCUCUUGAGACAGCCUAUCGAACACGAGAGCAGCAGCCUCAGCGUGCUGUGGGGAGCGACGAGGAUCAGCUGAUCGACUAUCUUCCAUACAGCCAAAAGGGCUCUCUCAUUUUUACCACCCGAUUUGUAAAGGCUGCACACAACUUGGCUGCAAAUAACGUCAUGGAGCUAGGUAUGCUCGACAAUGGAGAUGGAAAAGAGGUCUUGAGAACUCGCUUGUUCGAAAAGUACCAACAUCUGGUCGAGGAUGAGGUAAUGACAGACGAAUUUCUCAAUAUGCUUACUUGCCUCGCCCUCGCAAUCGUUCAGGCGGCAGCAUUCAUCAACCAGAACGACAUCCAGCUCUCCGACUAUAUACAGCUAUAUCGAGCAAGCAAACAACAGGCGACUCAGCUUCUCAGUGAACAUUUCCAAGACCAAGGAAGGUAUCGAGAAAUGAAAAAUCCCAUCGCAACAACUUGGUACGUCUCAUUCGACCAAAUCACAUCACGCGACAAACUAGCGGCUGACUACCUGUCAUUCAUGGGAUGCAUAGCAAAUAACGAUAUACCCGACUCAAUUCUGCCGGGCGAAGGGCCACAGCUAGAACAAACGAAGGCGAUUGGAACUUUAAAAGCAUACGCUUUUGUUACUGAGCCAAUGUUUGCGGGGGACAAGUAUGAAUUUCAGCAAGCGCAGACACAAAGGCCAAAGAUAUCAUUCAACGUCCACCCAUUGGUGCACUUGGCAAUGCGGGGCUGGCUGAAAUCACAAAGUCAGUGGCUCAAGUGGGUAGAGAAAGAGAUUGUGCCGUUUGGAGAUCACAGAACAAGAGAAAUGUGGACGCCAUACCUGCCUCAUGCCAAAUAUGUCAUGGGUGUGCCUGAAAUCUUCGAGCAAGAUGCAGGAGAGGUAACAGUGCUACGUGAAAAGACUUUCGGCCAAGAUGAUGGAUGGACAAGAAAUGUCAAAAAUAACCUAGCAACUGCAGGUGCGAAGAGGCGGAACAGAUACUCUAAAAAACCAUUAUUAUUAGAAAAGAAAAUCAUGGGCAAGGAGCACCCGCACAUUGUAAGCGCUAUGGUCAGCUUAGCAACAGUGCUACGGCAAUUAGGCAGGUAUGAAGAGGCGGCACGUAUGCUUGGAGAUACUUUAGCGCUAGGAAAGAAGGUCUUAGGCAAAGAGCACAUAAACAAUUAG